UAAACAAAAAUCCUGAAUACAAAUUGCCAUUCUGGCAAGGAGCGGAACUGAAACUCUUGACAGCUUAGACGUCACAAGUUUGACAAACACAGCAAAAUGGCGGCUGCACCGUCCAGUUUAGGGACACACUUUGCGGAAGAACUGUCGUGCAGCAUCUGCCUGGAGCUGUUCACUAGGCCCAAGGUGCUGCCCUGUGGACACACCUUCUAUCAGGACUGUCUACGGGACCUUGCAGGGAGGGGAGGGACUUUCAAGUGCUCAAUAUGUCGUCAGAAAAUCAGACUGCCACCCCAGGGGGUCGCAGAUUUCCCCGACAGUCACAUCAUUGCCAGUAUGUGUGAGAGACUGCAACAACAGACUUCACAGUCAGGGGAAACAAGGGAACAACAUCAGUCUGGUAACAGGUGCAGCUCUCACCCCUCUGAGGUGCUCAAACUCUACUGUAAACAAUGUCACAUUCCAAUUUGUACACAGUGUUUAGAGGAGACUCAUGAUGAUCAUCUCACAACAACCGUCAAGAAAGCUGCACAGGAAAGAAGUGCAACAGUCCAGGCCUUGAUCAAUGAGGGGAGGGACAUCGUGGAAAGUUACUUAAGCUUCCUCAGAAGUCUGAGGGAAGAGGAGAAAACCCUGAAUGAAAAGAAACAGCAGAGAGACAACAGCAUCAUUCAGGCCUACAACCAAAUGGUGCAGAAACUCACAGAGAGAAGAGACCACCUCUUGUCUAAAUCAACAGAAAACCACACAAAAAACUUGGGCAGAAUACAGACUGAAAGGGACAGAGUGUUGGCAGAUAUCAAUGAACUGUCUGCUGCCUGUGAUCGAGCAGAACAAGAACUGAAGCAGGAAUGGGUCGAGUUUCUCAGUCAGCAAAUGGCUUUGACAGAGGUGGUAAGAAAAUACAGAAGAAAAGCAGCACCAACUCCUGUACAAACCCAGCCUGCUGUCUUUCAGCCCACAGAUACCCCCGUGCCAGUAUUGGGACAUGUGACGGUCCAGUCUCUCCCAUCUGCACCAAUCCCAGCAGCACCUGCAGCAAGGGGCACAGGUCAUCACCAUGGAAACCAAAGGCAAUCCACCCAGUCUCUCCCAUCUGCACCAAUCCCAGCAGCACCUGUAUCUCGUGAGGAUGCAGCAUGGGGCACAGAUCAUCACCAUGGUAACCAAAGGCAAAGGGAGCAACAGCCACAGAGGGUGACAUUACAUGUAUUUGAAUCGCUUGAUCGAGACCCCUCGUUUUCUGAGUCAGAUCCAUUUGGUGUUACAGUGUCAGGUACAUUUUGUCACGAGAGGGUCUUUUUAACAGAAUACAAAAACUAUAGAGUCCAAGUCUUCACCCUGCAGGGAGCAUUUCUCAGCCAGUUCCCAACAGUUGUGUCAGGUGAAGAGAAGAUGAAACCGCAUGAUGUUACCAUUGAUAAGGAGGAAAAUUUGUGGGUGGUGGGGAACACAGACUCCACUGACAUAGCUGUUCAGUAUGACAAUCAGGGCGUGGUACUUAGGACAUUUGACCUGCAAAUGACAAGGUGGGCCAGAGGAGUUGCCGUGGACACCAGGAGGAACCACAUCCUCAUCACACAAACCACAGGAGACAGGGACAACCGACAAUGUGAAGUUCAGGUGUUCAGGCCAGAUGGAACACUUGUGAGAACUGUGGGUCAGCAGCAGGGGAUGAAGUACCCAGUGCACAUCACUGUGGACAGGGAUGGGAACAUUCUUGUGUCAGACUGUGAGAAUCACUGUGUCUAUGUGUACAAUGAGGAUGGACAGUUUCUGUUCCAGUUUGGAGGUAAGGGAAGUGGUGAUGGUCAACUAAAGCAUCCCCAAGGCAUCUGUACAGACGGACAGGGUAACAUCAUUGUGGCUGACUAUGGAAACCACCGUGUGGAGAUGUUUGACAAGACAGGAAAAUUUCUCUUCUUCAAAGCAACAGGCAUGAAGAGUGAGCCACGGGCUGUUGCUAUGACAUUACAUGGACAGCUGGUAAUACCUAAAAAGAUAUCAAAAGAUAUCAGAUUCAAAAGAUACAAAUUCAGCUUAUACUAGAACCUCCAAAUGUGAGUGAACCAAAGCCAAUCUGUAGAGAGUAGUAGUAAGUGCAAAUUCCUUUGUUGUUUAAAGCUCAUUGCCCAUUUUAUCCCAGCACCAAAAUUCAGGUCAUUUGAAAAAAAUAAUCAAUCUGAUUGACGAAAUCUG